AUGGGCCCCCCGAUGUGGGUCUCCCUGCUCGGGGGGUGGUGUUUGUCCGUGGCGACGCUCCGGCGGCGGCGCCGCAAGCUGCGCAACUCGCUCGACCCGGACGACCCCGACCAGGCCGACCGCCUGGUCCGACUGAUGGGCAGUUUGGACCACUCCCUCAUCACGACCAGAGCGCUCGAGUUCGCGCUGUUCAGAACCUUCGGAUCCCCGUCCAUCAGCUCCAUCCUAGAGAAGGGGGACUUCCCGCAGUGCCCCGGGCGGCGCUACGACGACACGGACCUGCUCCUCCGGGAGGCCACCGAGCACGGCAUGGGCUCCGAGCGCGCGCAGCUCGCCCUCAAGCGCAUCAACGCCAUUCACGCGGGCUGGCCGAUCACCAACGAGGACAUGCUCUUCACGCUCGCGCUCUUCGUCACGCAGCCGAUCGAGUGGAUCCGCCGCUACGAGCUCCGGACGUGCACGGCCGUGGAAAAGCGCGCAGUCGUGACCUUUUGGCGGCGGUUCGGCGCAGCGAUGAACAUACAGAACAUCCCGGACACGUACGAGGGGUUUCUCGCGUUCCAGGAGGACUACGAGAAGCGGAACUUCGCGUACGCGGACUCGAACCGCACGUGCGCCGACGCGACGGUGCGCGUCCUGCUGUCGACGAUGCCCGGGCUGGUGCGCCCGCUGGCGAUGCCCGCCGUGCACGCGCUGUGCGACAAGCGCCUGCGGGAGGCCAUCGGGUACCCGCGCGCGCUGUUCCCCGUCAACUUCAUCGUCCCCAUGGCGCUGCGGCUGCGGGCUCUGUUCGUGGGCGUGUUCGUGCCCCCGCGCCCGGAUGACAGCUGGGCGAAGAACCGCACGCCGCGAGACCUCCCCGCGGGCAUGCCGGCCCCCGCGCUCGCCCUCUUGAAGCCACUCUACCACCAGUAUCACGACAAGAGUCUUGGGUGCCUGAAAUACAAGGACGGGUACCGCAUCCCGGAGCUCGGGCCCGACAGGGUGCCCGCGGGCCGCCUGAAGGAGGCCGGCGAGAUGAAGUACCUGUGA